AUGGCAUUUACCGCCGAUCAACUACGCGAUGCGUGUGUCUACGAUAAAUCUGCUGCCGUCGUUGGCAAUGACAUCUCGACGAUAUAUGAGGAAUACAAGCAUCUGAGAGCGAAAUGUCCCGUGGCCUAUACAAAUGAGUAUGGAGGCUACUGGCUCCUGACAUCCUAUGAAGAUGUCAGGAAUGCCGCAUCGGAUUCCAGCACGUACAUCUCAUCUGUCAAGGCCGUCGUACCCUCAGAUCCGCGCGGCAUCCGAAGACCGCCUUUGAACUUUGACGCUCCGGCCCACACGCCAUUCCGGACAGCACUGGAACGCACAGUGAAGCCUUCACGGAUCAAGCGAUUACGUGAGCCACUUCGUCGACAUGCAGAAGCGGCACUUGCACCGUUGCUUGAGCGUGGGCAUGGCGACAUGAGUGCAGAGUUCGGUGCAAAUUUUGUCGGCCAUCUUGAAGCGGAGUGGCUGAAUCUUGAGCCUCAAAUUGCGCCAGAGCUAUCUCGGACAGCAGCAGCCUGGUUGAACGCCUGGCGAGCACAGGAUAAGGAGACUGCGACGGCUAACUCGACCAAGAUGUAUGAUAUUGCACGGAAUCUGAUGUAUGAUAGGAGGCAACAACCUAGAAAUCCAGAGGACGACCCUGCGAGUUCACUGCUUCUGGAGACAGACGCCAAUGGACAGCCAUUGAGCGAAGAGCACCUCGUCGGGUGUCUUCGCCAGUCGCUGGUCGUUGGCGUUGUCGCGCCACCAAUCUUGAUCGGAUCGAUUCUUGCGCAUCUGGCUAAAGACAAGGAUUUGCAGAAACAACUUCGUGAUUCGCUUCCUACAUCAAGCUCGCCGGACCCAUCACUCAUUCCUGCGGCGAUAGAAGAGUUCCUCCGCCUCUACACCCCCUACCGAGGCUUUGCUCGGACCGUGUCUCGAGAUGUCACUCUACACAACUGCACUAUCCGGCCGAAGGAGCCUGUAACAUUGCACUACACAUCUGCCAAUCGUGAUGAGUCCGUGUUCGGCUCAGAUGCAGACCAGUUCCGCUUAGGCAGGGAAAACAUCAAAGCACAUUUAGCGUUCGGGCGAGGGAGACAUCGGUGUGCAGGCGAAGCACUGGCACGACUGGCUUUGAACACGGUGUUGGAGACGGUACUAGAGAUGACGGCAGACUUUGAUAUCGAUGGAGAGAUCGAGUAUGCUCGCAUGCCGGAACUGGGGAUCAUCAGUGUUCCGAUGAAGUUGAAGCGUGCUUGA